GCCAACCUUAGCUGGUAUUUUUCUGUUAGUGUUUAUUAGCUUCGCGUCGGAUUGUGUAAUAAAAAAGUUAGAAGACAAAAAAAUUUUUUUUUGUAAAAUUGUUGUUGAAAAGGGUUAUUUUUUGAGUUGAAUGUCUAACUUCCAUUAAACUGCGAAAAAUAUUUAAUACGGAAAUAAUUCUAAAAAUCUCAAAGGAAAAUCAAUGUUGAAAAAUCAAUAAAGUGUUUUUUUUUAUUUAUGUGUUUUUGACUUUUGAUUAUACAUAUUUAUGAAAUAUAUAUGUUCUCCUUUGCAUACUGAGUACGAAAAUGGCCUCUCCUUCUCCUGUUAACAGUCCAAUGCCUCCUCCUCAAGCUCCUAGUCCCAUGGGACCGCCAUCGCAAAGUCCGGUUGCACCACCUUCACCUCACAAUUCAUAUUCUCAUGGCCCACCAACACCUCAUGGACAACAUCCAAUAUCAUAUGGUCCACCCCAUGCAACAAAUCCGUAUGUUACACCACACGGACCACCCUCAAGCCAUUUGGGUCCUCCUCAUGGACAUCCGCAAAAUCAACAUGUUCAACCUGUUCCUCUCGUACCACCGCCGCAUACUCAACAUGGAACUCCUGCAAAUACCCAACAUGGGCCCCCGUCACAAGGACAUGGACAACUUCUAUCUACGCAACAUGCGGAUCAGCACGGUAUUUCUCAACAAAAUCCACAUAUAGGUCCAGUGAACCAAUCUGGGCAGCACGGACCACCAGUUACACAUGGGAAUUCAUCCCAAGGUCCUCAAGGGCCGCAUACAGUGCCACCUCCUGGUGCCCCACAUAUGAAUGGAAUAUCAAGUCAAAAUAUACCACCACCUCAAUCUCAUCAUAUGCCGCCUCAUCAUCCAGGAAUGGCCUCUCAUUCAGGAAUGCAAAUACCUCCACAAGGUCCGACAAUGCCUCCAAUUGCUUAUCAACACAAUAUUCCACCAAAUGUGGGUAUUCCUCCUCCUUCCAGUGUCACUGGUCAGUCACCUCCUGGUCCUGGCCAAGAUAAUAAUUUAAAUGCUUUACAAAGAGCAAUUGAUUCAAUGGAGGAAAAGGGUUUGCAAGAAGAUCCACGUUAUUCACAGUUACUAGCACUACGAUCAAAACAUCAACAUCUGAAUUCAAACCAAUUACAAAUGUUGCGAGCUCAAAUAAUGGCGUAUCGGUUGCUUGCUAGAAAUAAGCCUUUGUCUCCGCAAAUACAAGCGAUUGUUCAACAGACACAACAACAUGCGCAACAAUCUACUUCCCAAGGACCUAAUGGAUCCGCAGGCCCAUCAAAUCAACAAUCGAUCCAAGUAGGUUCUCCGCCCUCACAAAGUCCAACUUCGAACUUAGCCCAAAUUCCUUCAGGACCUAAUCAACCGCAAAGUAUCCCCGCGUCACAGCAACUGGGAUCGAACGGGCCGCAGCAAGCGGUACUUGCAACAAACGUGGGACAUCAAGUAUCAUCUUCAUCACAGCAAAAUUUAAAUGCAGGGCCUCAAGCCGCACCAUCUCUAUGUUCAACACCCGCAACAAAUGUUCCAUACCCAGCCAGUAUGAGUAAGAUACCUCAACAUACUAUGCAGUCGUCUCAAUCAAACCAACCUUCAAUGCAACAACAACAUCCAACACAACAUCAAAAUUCUUUAAAUAAUCCGAGUGUACCACAAGGUGCAGGUCCACCAGUUAAUCAAGGAGCAUCAGAACAUCUUAAUAUUAUGCAAAACGGUUUAAAACAAUCGUCUCCUACACUUUUGGGACCGGGAGUACAACCGCCAUACAGCGGUGGUCAACCACCAGCUCCAGCCCCAUUGCCGGCACAGUUGGCACAAGCUAGCCGUAUUCCGUACCCUACUGGAAUACAACAACACAAUCUUGUUCAGGGCCCUAAACAAGGGGCUCCUCCACCACAACCGCAACCAUUACCAAAACCUAAUAGGGUUACAACAGUUGGUAAGCCUAUAGGAAUAGACCCACUCACGUUACUCCAAGAAAGAGAAAACCGAAUAGCAACUCGAAUUGCAUUGCGUGUACAAGAAUUGCAAAGCUUACCAACUACUAUGUCGGAAGACUUACGUUUGCAAGCAGCUAUCGAACUUCGAGCACUGAGAGUUCUUAAUUUUCAAAGACAACUAAGAAGUGAAAUAGUUCAAUGUACCAGACGCGAUACUACACUAGAAACAGCAGUUAACGUAAAAGCAUAUAAGAGAACAAAGCGUCAAGGAUUGCGUGAGGCCAGAGCUACCGAAAAAUUGGAAAAGCAACAAAAAUUGGAGGCAGAACGAAAACGUCGCCAGAAACAUCAAGAAUUUUUAGCUGCCGUUUUGCAACAUGGCAAAGAUUUCAAAGAGUACCAUAGAAAUAAUCAAGCACGACUUUCAAGAGUCAACAAGGCUGUCAUGAAUUACCAUGCUAAUGCCGAAAGAGAGCAAAAGAAAGAACAAGAGCGUAUUGAAAAAGAACGUAUGAGACGUCUGAUGGCCGAAGAUGAAGAAGGUUACCGGAAACUGAUUGAUCAGAAGAAAGACAAACGCCUAGCAUUUUUAUUGUCCCAAACUGACGAAUACAUUAGCAAUUUAACUGAAAUGGUCAAACAACAUAAAAUGGAUCAAAAAAAAAAAAAGGAAGACGAAUGGAAACGGAAAAAAAGCUUUAAAAGAGAGCUUCUUAAUUCUGGAGAAUUUAUUCAAUUGGAUGAUGGAAAUCCUGCAGCCGACAUGAGAGUGACCGUAUUAGAUCCCAAUACGGGCAAUAAAUUAAGUGGUGACGAUGCUCCGUUGCUAAAGGACUUGCAUAAAUGGUUGGAAGCCCAUCCAGGAUGGGAAUGGUGUGAUUCUGAAUCUGAUUGUGAUGAGGAUGAUGAAGAACUUCUAAGAGAGCGGGAACGUCGUAGAGAACAACAAGAACGAACCGAAAAAACUGAGGAAGAAUUAGCUAAAGAUUUAAUCAAAAAGGCUAAAGUUGAAGAUGACGAAUACCGCACCGAAGAGCAAACCUAUUAUAGUAUUGCUCACACUGUUCAUGAAAAAGUUACUGAACAAGCAAAUAUAAUGGUAAAUGGUCAAUUAAAAGAAUAUCAGCUUAAAGGCUUAGAAUGGCUUGUUUCGUUAUAUAACAAUAAUCUUAAUGGUAUAUUAGCUGAUGAAAUGGGUUUGGGAAAAACAAUUCAAACAAUAGCCUUGAUAACUUAUUUAAUGGAGCGGAAAAAAGUGAAUGGUCCAUUUUUAGUGAUAGUCCCGUUAUCAACACUUCCAAAUUGGGUGUUGGAAUUUGAAAAAUGGGCACCGUCCGUUGUAAUAGUCAGUUAUAAGGGUAGUCCUGUUGGUCGACGUACUAUUCAAAAUCAAAUGAGAGCAACUAAGUUUAAUGUUUUACUUACGACUUACGAAUAUGUUAUUAAAGAUAAAGCAGUUCUAGCCAAACUUCAGUGGAAGUAUAUGAUAAUAGAUGAGGGCCAUCGAAUGAAAAAUCACCAUUGCAAACUUACCCAGGUGUUAAAUACUCACUAUAUAGCACCACAUCGCUUGCUGCUUACUGGUACCCCGUUGCAAAAUAAAUUACCCGAACUAUGGGCUUUGUUGAAUUUUUUACUUCCAUCUAUUUUCAAAAGCUGCUCAACUUUUGAACAAUGGUUUAAUGCACCAUUUGCUACUACAGGAGAAAAAGUCGAGUUAAAUGAAGAGGAAACUAUAUUAAUCAUCCGUCGCCUUCAUAAAGUAUUGCGUCCGUUCUUAUUAAGGAGGUUGAAAAAAGAAGUCGAAUCUCAAUUACCAGAUAAAAUCGAGUACAUUAUAAAAUGUGACAUGAGCGGUUUGCAGAGAGUACUUUACAAGCAUAUGCAAAGCAAAGGUGUUUUACUGACUGACGGAUCCGAAAAGGGAAAGCAAGGCAAAGGAGGUGCGAAAGCAUUAAUGAACACAAUUGUCCAGUUGAGAAAAUUAUGUAAUCAUCCGUUUAUGUUUCAACACAUUGAGGAAAAGUAUUGCGAUCAUAUUGGUGGUCAUGGUAUGGUUACAGGACCAGAUUUAUAUCGUGUUGCUGGUAAAUUUGAACUUCUUGACAGAAUUUUGCCGAAACUGAAAGUUACAGGUCAUAGAGUUUUACUUUUUUGCCAAAUGACUCAAUGUAUGACGAUAAUUGAAGAUUACUUGAGUUGGCGUCAAUUCGGUUACCUCCGCCUGGAUGGAACUACAAAGUCUGAUGAUCGAGGGGAUUUGCUGAAAAAAUUUAAUGCUAAGGAUUCAGAAUAUUUCAUAUUUCUACUUUCUACACGUGCUGGUGGUUUGGGUUUAAAUCUUCAAAGUGCUGAUACGGUCGUCAUUUUUGAUUCUGAUUGGAAUCCGCACCAAGAUUUGCAAGCUCAAGAUCGUGCUCAUCGUAUUGGUCAAAGAAACGAAGUAAGAGUGCUAAGAUUAAUGACUGUUAAUUCUGUUGAAGAGAGAAUUCUUGCGGCAGCACGGUACAAAUUAAAUAUGGAUGAAAAAGUUAUUCAAGCUGGUAUGUUUGAUCAGAAGUCUACCGGUAAUGAACGUCAACAAUUUUUACAAAGUAUUUUACAUCAAGAAGAAGCGGAUGAAGAGGAAGAAAAUGAAGUUCCUGACGAUGAAGUUGUAAAUAUGAUGAUUGCCAGAAAUGAAGAUGAGUUAAAAUUGUUUGGUGAGAUGGAUGUUGAAAGAAGAAAAGAAGAUGAAAUAAGGCAUCCAGGUCGAACACGGUUAAUUGAUGAAUCGGAACUUCCAGACUGGUUGACCAAAGACGACGAUGAAGUAGAACGGUGGCAAACAUAUGAAGAAGAUUACGUGUUGGGUCGGGGAUCUAGACAGCGUAAAGAAGUUGAUUAUACUGACAGUCUUACCGAAAAAGAAUGGCUAAAAGCAAUUGAUGAUGGUGCAGAGUUCGAAGAAGACGAUGAUGACGAGCGGGAAUCGAAAAAAAAACGGCGCAAGCGCAAAGGUCGUAAUAAAGAUGAUUCUGAUGAUGAUUCAGUUAUAAUUUCUAUAAAACGCAAAAAGCAACCACUUGAUAAAAAAAUAAAAAAACAAAUGAGGAAAGUUAUGUCUGCCGUUAUCAAAUAUGCAACCGAUGAUGGCAGAAUUUUAAGCGAACCAUUCAUGAAAUUGCCAUCAAGACAAAAAUUGCCGGAUUAUUAUGAAAUCAUAAAAAGGCCUGUUGAUAUCAAAAAAAUUAUGCAGCGGAUUGAAGAUGGAAAAUAUUACGAGUUUGCAGAUUUGGAAAAAGAUUUUUUUCAGUUGUGCCAAAAUGCGCAAAUAUAUAAUGAGGAGGCUUCAUUGAUUUAUUUAGAUUCUAUAGAACUACAAAAAAUAUUUACAAAUGCAAGAAAUCGAGUCCUAAGUGCAAGUGCUGCUAAAGAAAGUGUAAAAGCUGAGGAAGAUAAUGGCGAUACUGCUAGUAAAGAUGGACAAAUGAUAGUUGAAGCUGGUUCAAUUGAAGGUUCUGAAAAUGAAGAGGAAAAUGAAGAAAAUUCGGAUGACGACGAAUCAAACAGUAAAAUGAAAUUGAAAGUUAGCAAAUCAUCUGGUUCAACAAUUAUUCAUACAAAUAGUGGAGCCAAUUCGGCUGCUGUAAGUACGCCAAGUACUAGUGCUUCUAACUCUAAUUCAUCGACUGCUAAGAAACAGACUCGUCGAAAGCGGUGGCAGAAAAAAUACACUAUUUCAGAUGAUGAUGAAGAUGAUAUGGAAUAAAAAAAUUUUUUCUAAUGCA